UAAACUGACUACGGUUUUUAAAAAAUGAUUAUUUUAAUUCCCAAGAGAUGAAUUUCAAACGGUUUGAUGACAGGAAUAAAUCAGAUAUAUUUAUAAUUUGUUUGAAUUAAUUGUAUGUGUAUGUCCUCAUUUGAUUGUGUGUUAGGUUGGUCUGGUGGUUUUUGUUAUCUCGUAACAUUGAAAUAAAAGUAAACUGAUCACAGCUGCUGCAGUUAAUUUGAAUAUUGUAAAUAUAUGCAUACAUAUAUUAACAACUUUCACUCGACAAUAAAUUCUUAGGAUCCUGACAUAGAUCUAGUGACCUUGAGAAUAUUAUUUAUUCGGAAAUGAAUUCAGUAUUGAUAUGGAGAUUGAGGUGAACAAGAGCCGUCACUUUGGAUAGUAAAAAAUGUUGAAGAUCGGAGCGGGAAUAAGGAAUGCGGUAAGAACGCUGACAUCGUCUGCGGGUCGAAAUGCCAGCCCGAAAUUGGCACCACUUCAAGAGGCUGCUUUGGAAGAGCGCUGUAUUUUGGUUGACGAGUUUGAUAAACCAAUUGGUGACGCGUCCAAAAGAAAUUGUCACAAAGUAAACGCUGAAGGAGACGUGUUACUUCACCGAGCGUUCAGUGUUUUUUUAUUUAACAGCUCAGGUGAUUUGUUACUACAAAAAAGAUCAGCGAACAAGAUAACAUUUCCCGGUUACUACACAAACACCUGCUGCAGUCAUCCAUUGAUUGAAAUUCCUGGUGAAUCUGAAGAAAUAGACGCUAUUGGUGUACGCAAAGCAGCUCGUCGUCGUCUAUUUUAUGAACUUGGAAUACCAACAAGUGAAAUAAAUCUAAAUGAAUUUUAUUAUCUGACGAGAAUUCAUUACCAUGCUCUGGGGGACGGCAUAUGGGGCGAGCACGAGAUCGACUAUGUCUUGUUUUUGCAAAAAAACAAAGUGACACUAGACCCAAAUCCUGAUGAAGUCAGCGAAAUCCACUGGGUGUCAAAACAAAAUAUAAAUAAAUUUAUUCGCGACUGUCAUUCGCCUCUUACCCCCUGGUUUGAGUUGAUCCUCACCCACAAGUUGCCUCUGUGGUGGGAGAAUUUAAAUAGCCUGCACAAGGUACAAGAUCGUGAUACAAUUCAAAGAUUUACCUAGAUUUUGUUUUUAAAUUUUGUAUAACUUGUCUAUUGUAUGUAAAAACUAAAAGAAUAAGUAUUUUUUAUAUAUAUAUAUAAGUCCAAAAAGAUGGGGCAUUUUGUUGGAUCGUGAUGGUGAUAUUAAUUAGUAUUAAAUAUUAAUUACCAACAGGUGUAGUUGAUAAAUCCGUUUAGUAACUCCAAAAACGUUGAUUGGCAGGUGAUGGAUUUAUUGUUUUUAAUAACAAUGAUGCUGAUAAAUUUUUAAGCAAAUAUUUAUUAUUUAUAAACCCAUUAAUAAAAUGUUUACCAAGUCUUUAAUA